GAAUCUCCAGCCUCCACCAUUCAUGACUUCCGGAUAUUAACAUUCCAGUUCCACCAACCUUCUCCCGACUCAAAGGAUCUCGGACCCCCAAGCUAACUUGCGUUCAAUCGCACGAGAUCUUGGGUGUUCGAUUCCAAUCGAAUCGCAUGCUGUCCGUCCGUGGGCUAAGCGGGUUCUUGUCUCAAGCCGUGGCAUGUACCCGUCAAAUCGUCCUACCACCCAGUAAAACUCAGACAUCUCCAUCCUCCUCUCGAAGAAUCCGUCGCUGGACGUCGACUCUGGUCCCGGCACCUCAAAAUGGCGAUGGCGGAUACGAAGAAUCGCGGCUAAACCCCCCGCCGGAGUCAUACGCGUUAACCCCAUUCCAAGACAAAUGCUCCAUCCUCCUGCAUGCCGGCGGCGGCGGGCACGGGUGCAUCUCCUUCCUACGCGAGAAGUUCAUACCCGAGGGCCCGCCCAAUGGCGGUGAUGGCGGCAGCGGUGGCAGCAUCUUCAUCCAGGCGGUCCGAGGCGAGACGUCGUUGCAUAAGAUCGCACGAAAACGACAAUACAAGGCCGGGCGCGGGAAGAACGGGCAGGGGAAGGCACGGGGCGGUCAGCGCGGGGACGACCUGCUCAUCACCGUGCCGGUAGGGACGGUGAUUCGCGAGAUGUGGCGACAUGACCCGAUGGACGAGGCAGAACACGUCUGGUACCGGUUGAAGCAUGCGGAGGGCGACGAGAAGACGAAGCAGCGGCGGGAGAAAUGGCUGGUCUAUCCCGGGAUGCCGACGUCUGUUUUCGCAACCGCGGAAUUCCCCGAGCUGCCGCCGGUGACCAAGUCGUCCUUGGUGAUGAUGCAACCACCGGCACCCAUUCGGCUGGAUCUGGACGAGCAUAUGGAGACACCGAUGCUGUUGGCGGCGGGGGCAUCUGGGGGUGUGGGCAACCCGCAUUUCACAUCGCCCGACUUUCCACGGCCGAAGUUCGCGACAAAAGGGGGCGACGGUAUGCGACUUCUUCUCCAGCUGGAGCUCAAGUUGUUGGCAGAUGUUGGGCUCGUGGGACUUCCGAACGCGGGGAAGAGCACCCUCCUCCGAGCACUCAGCAACAGCCGCGCAAGAGUGGGCAGUUGGGCUUUCACGACGCUACAACCGAACAUCGGAACCGUCAUUCUGGAUGACUUGAAAGGCAAACCCACGGCGCCCAACCUUACCAAGGGGGGAAAUGUCCGAACACGCUUCACGAUCGCCGAUAUACCUGGGCUGGUUGAAGAUGCACACCUAGACAAAGGCCUGGGGCUCGACUUCCUGCGUCAUGUCGAACGCUCUGCCGUUCUCGCCUUCACCAUCGACCUAUCUGCCGGCGACGCAGUCCAAGCGCUCAAGUCGCUCUGGGUUGAAGUGGGCGAGUACGACAUGCGGAACGAUGCGGAUUUCAAUACCGAAACCGAAGAACGACACGAGCAAUGGCGUCCGUCUGUAUCAGAUUUAAGUUUCGAUGGCGAGGGAGUCCCAUCCUUCGAGGAAGAGCUGCCGGCUUUACCUCUCCCUCCGGUCUCAUCCAAACCAUGGUUCGUGGUAGCCACGAAGGCGGAUUUGCCAGGCACGGAAGACAAUUAUCAGCGGCUACAGGAGUAUCUGGCGGCGCUCACGAGAGGGGACGUGAAGCACCCAAGCAGACGGCAGAAUGCAUGGAGAAGACGUCCAGUUGCCGUUCCGAUUAGCGGCAUUCGAGGAGAGGGUAUCGAUCGUAUACCAGAGGUUGUACUAGACUUGCUAGAUAGUUAAUAGAAGCAUCCCUACUCACUCGAGCAAGUAAC